UGAUCUGUCUGUCACUCAAGCCCGUCCACCUUCUGUCCUUCUCCUCCGUCCCCUUCCUCUGCGCAAACCCUAGCUCACCCUACCGCGCGCUCGCCACCGCCGUGCUCGCCCGUCUAGGCGCGGACUCAGCGGCGCACGUCUCCGGGCCAUGCGCAAGGUCGAGCCCGCCCCCGCUGAGGGUGGCCAGGCCGAGGCCGCCGAUUCCGUGGCUUCCGUGAAGGAUUCGGCGAAUCCCGAGGGCGGGGAGGCGGAGGAACAGGGGGAGGAGGAGGACGAUGCCAUGGUUGAUGCCGAAUCCGAACUCGAAGCUGAAGCUGACGCCGGAGCCGUUGGUUCCAUGGAGGAUUCGGCAGUGCCCGAAGAAGGGGGUGCCGAGGAAGAGGCGGAGGAGCGCAAGGGCGAGGUCCUGCUAGAUGCGGCCGCCGUCGCCGUUGGGUCUGUGGACGAUUCAGUGAAGCCUGAAGGUGACAGUGCGGUGGAAGAGGCCGCUGAGGAGCACAGGGACGAUGCCCUGGUGGAUGAUCAUGUCAAGACUGAAGACCAGGGAACCGAGUCAGCGGAGACGAAGGAUGAGAUCCAGGGAAAUGAGGGGGGCGAGAUGAAGUAUGACACCCAGGGAAACGAGGCGGCUGAGAUGGAGGUUGAUAAAGCAGGAAAUGGAGAUGGGCACACUGAGGCCAAGGUGGAUAGCGACAACGGCAGCUCACCGAAAGGGGAAGGCAACAACGAUGGAGAUACCAAGAAGGAUGUCAAUGGAGAGAAUCAGCUAGUGUCAGCACCAGCUGGGGUAGAUGGGGAGGGCCAGAACUUGUCCAACAAGGUCUCAGACAACUCCUUCAUGUUUGAUUACACUCUUGGUGGUGAUGACUCCGGGACAGAGGAGGAGCAGGCUGAGUUCCUCAAGGAGCUCGAGCGGUUCCACACGGAAAAGUUACUGGAAUUCAAGGCCCCAAAGUUUUAUGGAGAAGGAUUGAAUUGCCUCAAGUUGUGGAGACAAGUAACUGGAUUGGGUGGCUAUGAUCAGGUGACAUCAAACAAGCUGUGGCGUCAAGUGGGAGAAUCGUUUAAACCUCCAAAGACAUGCACAACCGUUUCAUGGACCUUUCGUAACUUCUAUGAGAAGGCACUUAUUGAAUAUGAGAAACACAAAAUUGAGACAGGCGAAUUCCAUGUGGCUGCAUCUACUUUAACAGAUCGAAUUGUUUCUGAUAGUCAGGUGGGUGGAAGCAAUGCAGGAUCUGGAAGAGCUAGAAGAGAAUCUGCAACUCGUGCCAUGCAAGGCUGGCAUUCUCAACGCCUGCUGGGCAAUGGUGAAAUUGCUGACCCAGUAAUUAAGGAUAAAGCGGCGGCUCUAUCUGUUCCAAAGAAGGAUAAAACUCCGAAAAGCAGUGGUUCUGCAAAGAGGAAAAGGACACCAACCUUGGAAGAUGAAAGGGUGAUGCCAUACAAAUCUGAGAAGCUACAAAAUGACUCGUCGGUUAUUGAUAUUGGCCCUCCUGCUGACUGGGUGAAGAUAAAUGUUCGGAGAACCAAAGAUUGCUACGAAGUCUAUGCACUGGUUCCUGGCCUUCUGCGCGAAGAGGUACAUGUUCAGUCAGAUCCUGCUGGCCGUUUGAUAGUUACGGGAGAGCCUGAGCAACUAGAUAAUCCUUGGGGUGUUACUCCAUUCAAGAAGGUAAUUAGUUUGCCCUCCCGCAUUGAUCCUCACCAAACCUCAGCAGUUGUCACUCUCCAUGGGCAGCUAUUUGUUCGUGCACCGUUUGAGCAGUCAAAAUCAUGACGCCCUACUUGACGGAGCAUAAUAAUACAUGUUGCCUUGCUGGUGUGGUUACCUGUUGUUGCAUGGGCCAAGAAGUUUGCCCAUCCUGAUUGUCGUUACACUCUAGUUCCUUGCUGCUCCUAGGCUCCUCAGCCAUGUUGUAUGUCCUGUGUAUUGGUUAAUUCUAAUUAAUUAGAUGGCCUAGUCCUGUGCAUUGCCUGUGACAUGUUAGCUUAAGUUCCAACCUCCCGGAGCCAUUAGCCUAGGAUCCUGAUGUUCAGAUGUUCAUGGUUUAUUUGUUCCUUUCAACUGUUUAACCAUAAAAGGGGAUUGAUGGUGAUUUGUAGCGUUGUAGGCUUGUAGCUUGUUCCUAUUACCUGAGUUUGUCAUACUAUUCAGAACAAAUGCAGAUAGAUGUUCAUGACAGUUGCU